AUGGACUGCUCGACAGCUGAGGGCAGCGAUGGCUGUAGUGGUGGCGCCGCUGACGAGGCGUUUAAAUAUGUCAUCGAUAACAAUGGCAUCGAUACGGAGGCCUCCUAUCCAUGUCUGGCUGUCCAACAACAAGAGUGCGCUUAUAACCCAAGCACAGUAGGCACCCAAUUAACCGGGUUUACCAAUAUAGACCCGGGCAAUGAGCAGGCGCUACAGUCAGCUUAUAUAAUAACCCGAGUUGUAGUUCUAACGUCGAUGAUCUCGAUCAUUAACUCCUGGGGCACCGGUUGGGGCGUCAAUGGCUAUAUAUAUGUGCCGCGCAAUCAGAAUAACUACUGCGGUGUCGCCUCCGAUGCCAGUUAUCCGACGGCACUGGUAUGUCUGGUGGGCGCCCGCCGACACAUACCCAAAGAGGAGGUCGAGAAAGAAUUCAAGUCAUUUAAGGGCGCGGAUCAGGGCUUGAAUUCGCAUCGCCUGCGCGUCAAUCCGUUCGCCGAUCUCACGAACGAGGAGUUUAACGCACAGAUGAAGGGCUAUCGCCCGCCGGCGCGCAAACUGGGCGCCGGAAUGCAGACCGUGUUCAGUGAGGAGGUUUUAGGCGGUGCGGCGCCCACUCAACUACCGGCCACUGUCAACUGGACCGCACAGGGCUUAGUAACACCGGUUAAAUAUCAGGGACAAUGUGGCGACUGCUGGACAUUCUGCUCUACCGGUGCGAUUGAAGUGAAACCUGGUCAGCUGAUGAAAAACACGGGUCAAUUAGUCUCGCUGUCGGAGCCGAAUCUCAACGACUGUUCGCAACAAUAUGGUAGUGACGGCUGUAAUGGCGGCAAUCCUGAGGAGUCGUUUCAAUAUGUCAUCGAUAACAAUGGCAUCGAUUCGGAGGCCUCCUAUCCCUUCCUGAUGGCCGAUGGUAAUCCCUGCAAUUAUAACCCUGCUAAUGUGGGCGCGCAGAUGACCGGUUUCGUGCAGAUACCAUCGGGCAAUGAGACGGCGCUCCAGUUGGCUGUGGCCGCCGUCGGGCCGAUCGCCUGCGGCUUCGACGGGAGCGGCGAUGUCUUUCAGUUCUAUAGCUCGGGCUACUAUAACAACCCUCAGUGUAGUAAUGUUAACCUGGACCACUGUAUGACCCUGGUCGGCUACGGCACU